AUGCCUUCGGCGAGCCACGGCCAUCCAGCGGACUCCCCUGAAGACGGCUUUUCCUCAGACGAAGAAGUCCUGGAAGACUCAGAAGACGAAGGAGCCGAAGCCACCGCGGGAUUCCCAGAGCCACAAAGCCAGGACAACCAUCAAGACUGGAGCCGAAGAACGGAUACACUCUUCGAGUCAGCGGAGGAAGAAAAAGCAGCGGAAGAAAGACGACUCAGAAUCGCCGCACGAUGGAAAGAGCCGCUGGAAAACAUAGAAGAAGAAUCCGAAUCCAACGCGUCGGCCAGAAUGCACCAAAAAGAAGAGGCGGAAGAACAAAGGCGACUCCAAAAAGAAGAAGUCGACAGGCUCAAGAAGCUCAAGGAAGAUCAGGAAGACAGAGAAAGAGUCAAAGAAGCCAUCAGAGCCCGCAUGAGACGCCAAGUGGAGGAGAACACGAGAAUCCGCCGUGAAUACUUCGAGGAAAUCCAGCGGAAAAAGGAAGAACAAGAAGCUCAAGAAAGACGCCUGGCUCGAGACAGAGAAGCGGAAGAAAAGCGCCAAGCAGCCAUCAAAGCGGAAGAAGAUAAGGUGCUCACGAAGCCACAGGUGGGAAUCUUGCUCGUCGCGGAAACCGGCAGAAGAGGAAACCAUUACUACCUGUCGAAGAAAGAAUCAAAGCUGAUGAGCAGAAUCUCAGGAAUGGUUACACAGAAAUCUAACUAA